CCCGCCGCGGCCCCGCCCCGGAAGUCGCGCGGGCGCCCGGGCCGCGCCGGCCAUGGGGAAGGAGCAGGAGCUGCUGGAGGCCGCUCGCACCGGGAACCUCCCGGCCGUGGAGAAGCUGCUCUCGGGGAAGCGCCUCAGCUCCGGCUUCGGCGGCUCCGGUGGUGGCGGCGGCGGCAGCGGCGGCUCCGCGGGGGGAGGCGGUGGCGGGAGCGGCGGGAGCGUCGGUGUGGGGCACCCGCUGUCCAGCCUGCUCAGCAUCUGGAGGGGGCCAAACGUGAACUGCGUUGACAGUACUGGAUACACCCCGCUGCACCACGCUGCUUUGAAUGGCCAUAAGGAUGUUGUGGAAGUUCUGCUGAGGAACGACGCGCUCACCAACGUGGCAGAUUGUAAGGGCUGUUACCCCCUGCACUUGGCAGCCUGGAAGGGAGAUGCUGACAUAGUGAAGCUCCUCAUCCACCAGGGCCCUUCGCACACCAAAGUGAAUGAGCAGAAUGCUCUUGAGAUCAAAGAACUCAAAAAGUACGGCCCCUUUGACCCAUAUAUCAAUGCCAAGAACAACGACAACGAGACGGCGCUGCACUGCGCGGCCCAGCACGGCCACACCGAGGUGGUGAAGGUGCUGCUGGAGGAGCUCACCGACCCCACCAUGCGCAACAACAAGUUCGAGACCCCCCUGGACCUGGCGGCGCUCUAUGGGAGGCUGGAAGUGGUCAAGAUGCUCUUGAACGCCCACCCCAACCUGCUGAGCUGCAACACUAAGAAACACACUCCGCUGCACCUGGCAGCCAGGAACGGUCACAAAGCGGUGGUCCACGUCCUCCUAGAUGCUGGCAUGGACAGCAACUACCAGACUGAGAAAGGCAGUGCUUUGCACGAAGCUGCUUUGUUUGGCAAGACAGAUGUGGUACAAAUAUUGCUGGCUGCAGGUAUUGAUGUGAACAUAAAGGAUAACAGAGGCCUGACUGCUCUGGACAUUGUGAGGGAGCUUCCUUCCCAGAAAAGCCAGCACAUAGCAGCUCUCAUUGAAGAUUACACCGUUGGGAAGAAAAGUGCCAAAGCUGUGGAGAAAUCUGCUCCAGCCCCGCUCGCUCCAGCCACCGAUCCCUCGGGCCGGACAUCUCAGGGUGAUGUGGACAAAGCUGUCACAGAGCUGAUCAUCGACUUUGAUGUGAACCCCGAAGAGGAGAGCCCCUAUGAAGCUUUGUACAACGCCACGUCCUGCCACUCCCUGGACAGCCUGGCCAGCGGGAGGUCGUCCGACCGCGAAUCUGUGAAUAAAGAAGCUGAACCGAGUGGCCUCAAAGCAGCUGGAGUCAGGCCUAGAGAACGUCCUCCCCCGCCAGCCAAGCCCCCGCCUGAUGAAGAGGAGGAGCAGAAUGUGGAGAAAAAGACAGGCCACAGUGCUCCCUGUGAGGCCUCUGCUGCCCGGGGGAAAAGCAGGGGAAGUGGAGCUGAGGAAGAGGAACACCCCUACGAGCUGUUGCUUACAGCAGAAACUAAAAAGCCGGUUGCAGUGGACAGGAAGACAAAAGACCACAGGAGGAGCAGCGGCGGCCGCAGCCAGGACUCUGCUGAGAGCCAGGACAUCCAGGUGCCAGAGCAGUUUUCAGGGUUGCUCCACGGCUCUUCUCCAAUCUGUGAAAUAAGCGAGGACCCUUUCAGGCUCGCUUCCUCCGCGGAGAAGGGGGACACGGAAGCCACGAGCCAGCCCGCUGCUAUGCAGCUGGAGGAUGCCGAGCUAGCCUCAUCAGGACCAGCACGGAGCAGCUCCCCGGACCCCACGCAGACGGCGGUGUACGCCACGGUGCAGCACGUCAGCCGGGCGGAUCCCGCAGCCGUGGUCACGCCCCACGUGCCGCAGCACCCCGGGAGUGCUGAGCCAGAGGGGGACAGAGCUGUGGGCAGAGCCCACCCGGGCAGCAAGCCCAAAGCCGAGCUCAAACUCAGCCGCAGCUUGUCCAAGUCGGACUCUGACCUGCUGACCUGCUCCCCGACGGAGGACGAUGCCAUGGGGAGCCGGAGCGAAUCGCUCUCCAACUGCAGCACCGGGAAGAAGCGGCUGGAGAAGUCCCCAUCCUUCGCUUCAGAGUGGGAUGAGAUUGAAAAGAUCAUGAGUUCCAUCGGUGAAGGCAUUGACUUUUCCCAGGAGCAGCACAGGAUCUCAGGUUCGCGGAUGCUGGAGCAGAGCGUCGGGGAGUGGCUGGAGUCCAUCGGCCUGCAGCAGUACGAGAGCAAGCUGCUCCUGAACGGCUUCGACGAUGUCCGCUUCCUGGGCUGUAAUGUCAUGGAGGACCAGGACCUUCGGGAUAUCGGGAUCGGUGACCCGCAGCACCGCCGGAAGCUGCUCCAGGCCGCUCGCUCCCUCCCCAAGUUGAAACCCCUGGGCUGUGAUGGGAAUAGCCAGCCAUCAGUUCCUGCAUGGCUCGACUCCCUGGGGCUGCAGGAUUACAUCCAGUCCUUCCUCUCGAGUGGCUACAGCUCUAUUGACACUGUGAAAAACCUCUGGGAGCUUGAGAUAGUAAACGUGCUGAAAGUGAACCUGCUGGGCCAUCGGAAGAGGAUCAUCGCCUCGCUGGCAGACAGACCCUACGAGGAGCCACCAGCCAAGCCACCACGGUUCUCGCAGCUGAGAUGCCAGGAUUUGAUGUCGCAGACGUCGUCUCCCCUGAGCCAGAACGACUCCUGCACAGGCAGAUCUGCUGAUCUCCUGCUGCCCUCUGGGGACACUGCCAAGAGGCAACACGAUCGUGGCACUGAUCCUUACUCCAGAGUUGAGCGCUACAAAGCACAGGAGGACCGUCGGGAGUCCAGGCUCACCCUGCGCCCCCCCAGCCUGGCAGCCCCAUAUGCCCCUGUUCAAAACUGGCAGCACCAGCCCGAGAAGCUCAUCUUCGAGUCCUGCGGGUACGAGGCCAACUACUUGGGCUCCAUGUUGAUCAAAGACCUCCGAGGGACAGAGUCCACCCAGGACGCCUGUGCCAAGAUGAGGAAAUCUACGGAGCACAUGAAGAAGAUCCCAACCAUAAUCCUGUCCAUCACAUACAAAGGGGUGAAGUUCAUCGAUGCCUCCAACAAGAAUGUCAUUGCUGAGCACGAGAUCCGGAACAUCUCCUGUGCUGCUCAGGACCCUGAGGAUCUCUGCACAUUUGCCUACAUCACCAAGGACCUGCAGACCAGCCAUCACUACUGCCAUGUCUUUAGCACUGUGGAUGUGAACCUGACGUACGAGAUCAUCCUCACGUUGGGGCAGGCAUUCGAGGUCGCCUACCAGCUCGCCCUGCAAGCCCAGAGAGCAAAGCCUCUGGGUGCUGGAGCAGGAGAAAUGAUUGAAACAAAAUCUUCCAAACCGGUGCCUAAACCACGAGCAGGCAUGAGGAAAUCCGCGCUGGAUCCCCCUGAAGUGGACCAAGACUCCCAGUCUCAUGCCAGUGUCUCCUGGGUCGUGGACCCCAAGCAGGACUCCAAGCGGACCCUCAGCACUAACUGAGCUCCGGGCAGCCGUCUCCUACCACGGGAUGUAGUAGCGGGGCAGAGACCUGGGACGCAGUGGCCUCCUGACAUGAAGAUCAUCUCCCUCUGGCACAGGUGGCUGCCUCAGAGUGGGUGCGUGGCUGCUCGGUGAGGGCUCCAGAGCAGAGGGGGGAAGGGACCCAGCCUCCGCCAAGGAAAGCUGCUCAUCUCCAUUCCUAGCAAAGGAAAACUCCAGACUCAGAGGCCAAGAGCGAUGUCGCCUUUCCUAGUUUGAGACAAAACAUCGUUCGACCCGUUUCUUUUUUAAUGAAGUGACACAGAGCAAAUCCAGUUCACGGUUUCAAUGUAGUGCUGCAGCUUUUUGGUGAGGAAAAAAAAAACAGCCAACAGAUUUUUAUUUACUGAGAAUCCCGCUGUCCAGCGAGGAGCACGAUAGAAAGUCUUAGCAGGGGCGUGGUGUGCACAUUUCUGAUGGUACUUACUCUGCUUCAGCUCUGGGUGAACAGGAGAGAGCGCCGAAUUCUUGGAGAUCACUUCCUCCUGUGUGAGAACCUGGUAGGGUAAGUCUGCAUCCUGUUCUCCAAGCCACUCCACGCUUUUGUAGCAAAUGGAAGUAACUUGAGGAAAAGAAUCUGCAAAGGAUCUUUCACCCCAGAGCAGCUGUGGCCAAUAUCCCCGAUGGUACAAAGCUUCCUUAUCCCCCGAACUGUCGUGUUGCAAUACUUGACAUUUCUAUGGCAAGGACCCCAUUUCUUCCCAUUUCCGCACUGAAUUCCUGGGGACGACUCCCUGCUCCAGCCUCUGUGCACCUGUCUUGUUUUUAAAUGCAGUUAUGCCCUGAAGGGUUUUUUUAAGUAUAUUCAAUUGUGAUUUAGCACUUUUUUGAUACUAGCUCAUUAUUUAAUUAGUGCAACCGUUUCAGAAGAUGAACAAAUAAGGAGUUAAAUUUUGGGCAUUACACUGAAACAGUCCAUCCCCAAGGACAAACCACAUCAGCCUGAGGGUGGCUUGGCCCCAUCCGAGCCCAGUGUCCCCAAAGACACCGCCUCAAAGGUGCUGUGUGCUCGCUUUUCUUCUGAAUUACAGAGUGUUUCACAGUGGUUUGGGCUGUGACUGACGUGUUUUCAGACUGUUCCCCUCUGGGGAGAAUGUUAAAAUGGUUGUGAUUGGAAUUCUUCAGAUGCAAAACGCAGCGCAGUGCGUCUGUCGUGAUCUCGUCAGGCCCUGCCGGGCUGUGGGACCUGCUGCCGCACGGGAACGCUGUGCCCGACUAAUUCCUGUUUAACUCCAGUUGCUGCUGUAUGCCAGGGUUUCCUUUAGUCUCUCUCACCAGUGAGGCUGGGAGGGAAGUGAACCAUAAUCCCAAGGGCACAGACCUGUAAAGGAUUGGGAAGGGGGAGUGGAGAUUUUGGGUUAAGUCAAUGAAUUUAGGAAACCUAACAUUCCUUGUUAUGCACAUGUUGCAAUUCAUACUGGUGUAAGUGUAAAUAUUUGGUGUGUUGGCAACAAGUCUUUGGUGAGAUUGCAAAUUGAACCUCUGCUUGGGAGGAGGGACACCUUUCCUUUCUGACACGUGAGCUUUUUUGGAGGUUGGCUUGGAGGUAAUGUGGUGAUGAAGACUCCAAUCUUCAGGCGCUGGGCUCGGUGACCCUGGUGGUCCAUUCCAGCCCCACGUGUAAACCUGUGGUUGUCUUUAGUGAUCCAUUCUUUAGCCAGAUACUCCCUUUCUCACCUCACAGACAGAGCAGUUGUUUUGGCAGUUCAGUGUGGUGGGGUCUCUCGAGGGACUCGGUGCUGGAGACUGACCCUGGGCUGUGCCAGUCGUUGGCUCCUGGCCACCUUCACCCACCCACUGUGCAGUAUUCGGGCUCUUCCUCCCUGCAGGGUUUUGUGCUAUCUGGAGGAAACUGCCCCAAAUUUCUGGUGCUGAACAUGACAUUGCAUCCAACUGCAUCUGCUGUAUUACCUGCCCAGGAGGAGUUGGGGCUCCUCUGUUCCUCUCUUUAAAGACAGAUUGUGUUUCACAGACUUUGGUUUGCGGGCUGAGCCCUCACUCACAGCUGGCAAACAGAGUUGCCGAGUUUUGUCUUUCUUUUUAUAGGAGGGGAUGAUUUUUUUUUUUCAAAUUGAAGAUGCUUUAUCCUUUUUUUAUUUUCUGUUUACAAAGGAAAAAAAAAAAAAACAGCGCUAACCUUAGCUGUUCAACUAACUUUAAACUUGCUUUGGGAUUGUUCUUUUUAGAAGAAAUUAUGCAACUUUUCUGGGGUACAUGCCUGUCCCCCCUCCCAGGGAGAAGACGCAGCACCUUCCAGGCUGUACCUGUAGUGAAGUCUGUACCUUCAGGAGGCUGCUGAGACACAGAGCAGAUGCCAAAAAACCCCGAACAAGUCCCGUUCUGUGUGCAGCUGAGGUGGAGCCAAUGCUUUAAUGCCCCUUCCACCCACCUCAGAAGUUUCCAGCAGCAGCAGCAGCAUUUCCCUGGCUCUGCUCAGAUCCAUAUUUCGGAGCCAGCACAGCGCUCACAACGCUGUCGUGUUGCAAAGAUCUCCCUUUUAGAUCUCCCAUUGGUAUUACCUUAAUUUUUUUUUUCCCAAAAGAAAAGUACCUGUGCUGUUCUUGCUAAGUCAACCCAGCUCAGACAUUUUUCUUACCCACAGAAGAAUAACCUGGGAUUCCCUGACAGGGCAGAGACAAACAAGUUCAGUUUGCAAUGUGGACAUUUUUGCUCAUUGUGAUGUAUGGCAGUGGGGCUGAUUUGUAAUACAAAUGUUAUUUAAUCUGUCUGUAUUUUGAUACUUGAAUUUCCUUUUAUUUCCUGUAUAUACAAUUGUUAAUCUGUUCAAAUUUGUCUGAAUUUUAAACAUCUUGUGGUACCAAACAUAACCAAUCUGUGCAAGAACAUAGACUGACCUCACUACAACAAGGCGAGAUUGUAAAUAUUCCUGGGCUUCCAGCAGUCGUUUUGUUGUUUUCAUAAUUGUACAACUUAGAACAGACCGAAUUAAUAAACAACCUUAGACACA